AUGGGGGAGGAGAAUUGGAAGAGCAAACGUGAGAAAAAAUGCCUGGGGUCAGCCAGUAGCACUGGAAGCUCAAAUGCGGCUGCUGGCAGUAAUCGUCGUCUUCAGCAGACUCAACACCAAGUAGAUGAGGUUGUUGACAUCAUGAGAGUGAAUGUGGACAAGGUAUUGGAGCGAGAUCAGAAGCUGUCAGAGUUGGAUGACCGUGCUGAUGCACUGCAAGCAGGAGCUUCCCAGUUUGAGACCAGUGCAGCCAAGCUGAAAAGAAAGUAUUGGUGGAAGAACUGUAAGAUGUGGGCAAUAUUGAUAGCUGUUGUUCUCAUUAUCAUCAUCAUCAUUAUUGGUAAGUUUCACCAAAAUGGGGAUUUCUCAUAG